CAGGAAGUUCAUCCCUGGCGUGUAUAAAGACGCUUCCUGUGCUAAUUUUGUGAGAAACAUGUAUUGAAACAUUAAUGGCUUGACGGUAUAUACAGAUAUAAGACUCAAAUAAGAAGAAGAAGAAGCAGCAGCACAAGAUGAACUACGUACCAGGGACGGCAAGCCUCAUUGACGACAUCGAUAAGAAGCACCUGGUGCUGCUCCGAGAUGGAAGAACAUUGAUUGGUUACCUGAGAAGCAUUGAUCAGUUUGCCAAUUUAGUUUUUCACCAGACAGUUGAGCGCAUCCACGUGGGAAAAAAGUUUGGUGACAUCCCCAGAGGAAUAUUCAUCGUGAGAGGAGAAAAUGUGGUGCUGCUUGGAGAGAUAGACAUGGAUAAGCCCUGUGACACAGUGCUGCAGCAAGUCUCCAUUGAAGAGAUCUUGGAGGAGCAGCGGCUGCAGCAGCAAGCCAAACAGGAGACGGAGAAAGUCAAAAUGCAGGUCCUGAAGGACCGAGGCCUGUCCAUACCCAAAGCUGACAACCUAGAUGAAUACUAGCAGCCUAGUUGCUGUGGGCCUCUUUCUCAGUUGGCAUUGAACUGACAAGUUUGAAGUUGAACCUGAGAGCGCAUGGGAGCCUGACUUUUUGUUUUUAAGUGGGGAGAACAUACCAUUAUAUGGAGUCCAGCUACUGUGAUGUACUGUAUCAAUUUAAUUUGAGGUUUGUAAAGGGGGGGGGGG